UUCAAUGCUAGUUGAUGCCAAGGACGGCGCGGUUAAAUCCACCCUUUACUGAAACAUUUAACAGGGCGUCACUGGGUCAAGUCCCUAGAGUUCAGACAAGUCGUGUGACAACUUUGGAUUAGGCAAGGAAUAAUUCGUUAUUUUUCUUCGUCCUUAGGCGAGGGGCCGGUAGCGAAAUAUGGGCACCGAGGCGACCACGGAGGAGGAACACACACCGGAGUAUGAAUUCGCCACCAACACCUCCGCUCACGGCUUUGCCCGGGUUGCUGACAAUAAGUACACCUUAAGUCGAGUUAUUUGGGUUUUGUUAAUUCUCACUGGAUUCGGCGUAGCAACCUGGCAGAUCACUAUGCGUUUCAUAGCGUAUUACAAGUACGACACUACAACAAAGAUCACUAUGACGUUUUCGAAGACCCUUCAGUUUCCUGCAGUAACAAUUUGCAACGUGAACAAGUACCUGAAGUCGCAGCUGGACCAAACGGACAUCGACUUUCUGGACCAAGCGACGUCAAUGCUGAACCCGUACGACUAUGCGUACAAUCCGUACAGCUACGAAGACUACUCUUAUUACGACUACGGAGGAAGCGGAGACGCCGCAUAUGGAGUUCCACCUGCUGCACCUAGCGGGAAUACCGGCAGUGUUAACAUAGAUGACUUGAUGGCCAAUAUUAGCCUGUGGUACCCGGGAGGCUUUGAUUUCGCCAACUUUACUAAGGAGAAGGGGUGGCAAUUGACAGACACCAAUAUACACUGUGAAUUCAAAGGAGUAAAAUGCAACAUAUCUAAGUCCUUCACCCCCGUGUUGACGGAAUACGGAUUAUGUUACACCUUCAAUGCCGUGCCCAACUCAAAGCCACGCGUGUUUCAAGAUCAGCCCGGCAUUGGGAACGGGUUGAAAUUAAUCGUCAAUAUCGAACAGAGUGAGUACACCAACAAAAUGGAGAGGGGCGACCCUAUAGAGGUGGGCCUGUUGUUCCAGGUGCACAACCAGUCUGAGCCCCCAAUGAUGGAGACCAAGAGUCUGGCCGUCCCUCCUGGCUUCCACGCCUACGCCGGGGUGAAACGGACAGAUUCCGCAGAGAUGGAGCCGCCAUAUGGGAUAUGUGACAGAGCCUCGCCUCUGAAAUACUACUCGGUGUAUACGAUGUCCGCGUGUGUCCAGGAGUGUAAACUGGACCACAUGAUGGGCAACUGUACAUGCAAAUUACUCAACUAUCCAGGCCCAGGUGAAGUGUGUUCCCCUAAGCAGAUAGUAGAGUGUGUGAAACCAAUUUUACUGGAAAUUAAGAAGAAUUUUACGCACAUGUGCCCCUGCAAAAUCCCGUGUCAGAGCGUGAAUUACGAGACCUAUCUCUCCUACGCCAAGCUUCCCAGCGAUGAAACUGCACCUGAGGUGGCAAUGGAAUACGGCGUAGCACAGUCAGAUAUCGAGAAAAACAUUCUCGUGCUGGAUAUUUUCUUCCAAGACUUAAAUUACGUAAUUAGCGAACAAUUGCCGGCCAUCGAGUCAUCGGGUUUGAUAAGUGACCUGGGAGGUCAGUUUGGGCUUUUCAUGGGCUUCAGCCUGCUAACUUUAGUUGAAUUCAUCGAGUUCGGCUUCACAAGACUGAUACUGUUUAUUUGCCGCCCUAAGAAAAAGAAGCGCACAAUAACUCCCGUCCUGCCGAAAGAAGAGAGUAAUUCUAAAUCCGCAUUCCAUUAUUGA